AUGUCUCAUAAAGAAACGAUUGCAAAAUUCUCUUCACUGAGGAUUAUGUCAUUAAAUCAUAUAUCUGACCAUCAUUUUAAAUUAGGUAGUGAAAACAAUAACAAUAGUAAUAGUAGUAAUAGUGUUAGUAGUGUUAAUAGUAAUAAUAACAGUAAUAGUAAUAAUAAACCAUUGAAUAUAAGUAAUAUAGUAUCAUAUGAUCAAGAAUCAAAUAUACAUCAAUCAAUAUGGUUACAUUUAAACUUUCCCGAUGAUUUUAAAUACUCACUGAAGGUGUCUUGCGGUGAGACUGUCCAAUCCACCAAAAAGAAGUUGUCAGAGGAGUUUUCCAUGAAUCAAUCGAAUUUCAUAUUCAAAUUGGGUGAUAUUACAAUGAUUGAUCCACUUUCAUUCAAUGAUUUCCCUCAAAUCGCACAUAAAGAUAAUAUAAAUAUAAAUGUAUAUAUUGUCGGAACAGUUUUCAAUAAACAAAAUGUACAGUCAAUACUGGAGAAAAGAAAUGAUAAACCAACAGCAAUAACAACAUCAACAGCAACAGCAACAGCAACCAUAGGAAAUAGUAAUAGUAGUCAGCAAUUGGUACAACAACAGCAAUUUGUACAACAACAACAACAACAACAACAACAAUCGGAAUCAAAUAAUAAUAAUAAUGGACAAUCGGAACAAGAAUCAUUGUUAACCCCGACCUCUACACCUACAAAUUCUACAACACUUUCAUCUUCACCAUCACUAACACCUAGCUCAGCGGUCUUUGGUAAAACCAAUGGUAGCAUUCGAAGACACUCUAUGAAUCUAGCAUCUUUUUCAAAUAGCAACAACGAUGAUGACAUCAGUAGUGGCAUCAAUGACAAUGACCAAAAUGCAAGUGGCAGCGGUGGUACAGAUAGCAACAAUAAUGAUGCUGCCAUUAGUAGUGCGAGUCAACUACAUCUAGAGACAGUGGAUUUGACUAGCAACAACAGCGGAAAUACAAAAGAUCAAUUGAUAUUAUCACCACCAAUCACUAUAACAUUGUCACCAUCUCAGCAUCAUCAUCACCAGCAACAACAAUCACUUACAUCAUCCUCUCCCAAUUCAGCACCGACCACACCAAAAUCAUCGAAUACACCAGAUUCACUAGUAACCUCACCAUCCUUAUUUGUAGAUAAUAAUAAUAAUAAUAAUAAUACACAAGAUGAUUCAAAUCAUAGUCAUCAACAUCAACAUCAACAACAACCUAUUUAUAAUAAUAAUAAUAAUAUUAGUAAUCAAAGAAUUUCAAAUAACAAUCACCGAAAGACACAUCUACGUAUUAGUUCAUUAUGCGCGGAUCUAUCACUGACAAAAUCUCUAGAGAGAUCAUCACAGGUACUCGAUUUCGAUAGAUCAAUCAACAACAACAACAACAACAACAACAAUAAUAAUAAUAAUAAUAAUAAUUCUACUAACAACCACAGCCAUCAUAAUCAAUUUACACCAACACCUUUAACUACAACAACAACCAAUAGUUCUAAUAUUAGCAAAGACUCUAAUAAUAAUACAAUAAAAAAAUAA